UGAGCUCGAGCGGUGGCAGAGUAUAUUCGUUUUUUUCCUUUUCAAUUGAAGUUUUUGGCUGAAAUCGAAACCGCCGACGGCAGCGAUGGUCGACAGCGGCGUUGCUGCGGCGGCGGAGCAGCAGAGACAGUCCACCACCGAGAACACAGCUGAGAGCGCCAAGAGCGAUGCCGUGAACGGCGUGAACGCUCCUUCCUCGUCUGACCGCCCAAUUCGUGUCUACGCCGACGGGAUCUACGAUCUAUUUCACUUCGGGCACGCUCGCUCCCUCGAGCAAGCCAAAAAAUCGUUUCCGAAUACUUACUUGCUUGUUGGAUGCUGCAAUGAUGAGGUUACACACAAGUUCAAGGGAAAGACCGUUAUGACGGAAUCGGAGCGUUACGAAUCCCUUCGCCAUUGCAAGUGGGUUGAUGAAGUUAUUCCUGAUGCCCCGUGGGUGAUUGAUCAAGAGUUCUUGGACAAGCACAAUAUAGAUUACGUUGCUCAUGAUUCUCUCCCUUAUGCUGAUACAAGUGGAGCUGGUAACGAUGUUUAUGAAUUUGUCAAAGCUGUGGGGAGAUUUAAAGAGACCAAAAGGACUGAAGGGAUUUCAACUUCUGAUAUCAUUAUGAGGAUAGUAAAGGAUUAUAACCAAUAUGUGAUGCGCAAUUUGGAUCGUGGAUAUUCGAGAAAGGAGCUUAAUCUUAGCUAUGUCAAGGAAAAGCGACUACGGGUAAAUAUGCGACUAAGGAAGCUGCAAGAGAAAGUUAAGGAGCAUCAAGAAAAGGUUGGCGAGAAGAUACAAACAGUUGCAAAAACUGCUACCAUUCACCGCAACAUGUGGGUUGAAAAUGCCGACAGAUUGGUCGCUGGAUUCCUCGAGAUGUUUGAGGAACGUUGUCACAAAAUGGGAACAGCCAUUAGGGAUCGGAUUCAAGAGAGCUUAAGGGGACAGAACGGGAGGGGCUUAUUGGACUACGGUGAAGAAGGCGAUGACGAAGAGUACUACUAUGAUUCCGAGGAAGAGUACUACGACGAUGAUGAAUACUAUGACAGCGAUGAGAAAUGACUGCCUUGUACAUUAGCUGUGAGUAAUUGUACCGCGUGCUGCUUGUUUGUGUUCGACUUAGGUAAAAAUCUGUUCGAUAAGGUAUCAUAUGUUGCUGGCAGUUUGAGAUUUUGGUUUGUUGAUUGAUUUUCCUUUAGAUUUUAUUUUUUGUUGGUGUGUUUCAUGUUGGUUAUAGUUUCCAGUAUAUAUAGUUUACUACUGGCGAUUAGAGCAGUAUUGAGUCCAAAUGUACCAAGUUGUUUACAUUGUGAAAGAAUAUUUCUCUCUGCAAUGAAUUAUUCCCUCUAAAUAUUC